GGUCAACCAACACCUGUUAUAUAAGGGCGUGAUCUUAGACUCCAGAAACAGAAUCUUGCCAAGAUUGAGAGAUAUUGAGGUAAGCUUGCUGAGAUGACAAGGUGAAGUAAGGUGAGGCGACAGGCACACUGACGCGGGGUGCCUGAUCCCUGCAGCCGAGCUCCGCGCUAGAAGCUUUCUCUGGGCUCCGACUCCAACCCCCGCGGAGCUCUCUCUCUGUUUUCCCCUCACCUUUCCAAUUUCUCCCAUCCAUCCAUCCCACCCCGCGUUGACCGAGACGUGCGACACCGAACGACUGCCUAGGCCACCUCAUCGCGGCAGCCUCCAUCCUUGCACCAAGAAAACUGAGCCAAACUACACCCGCAUACUCUGACCAAACCUCGAUUUCCGAAUUCUCUCAGUGGACCUAAUCCAAACGUCAGACUCGCCUCGUCGCUCUCCCCCAUAUCACAGAAGAUCACCAAACCGGAGCAGCAGAACGUCCGCCCGCCAUGGCUACACAAUACGAAGUCGAGCACAACAUCAAGCCCGGGCCCUCAACCCAAGACGGAACCCGCCGCAUCGACAUGUCCUCCUUCACCUCCUUCCUCUCCAACCUCACAACCGACUCUCACCACACCGCCGCCAGCGCAGCCGCCCACCACAACCCCCACGCGACACCGACCCCCGUAGACGCAGCAGCUCUCUACACCCUCCUCCAACAACAAUUCCAAACCCUCUUCUCCACCGCGCCCAACACCCAAAACGCUGCCUUCCUCUCCUCCCUCGUCGAGGCCCUAGAAUCAGACAUCUCCUCCCCGCCCACCGAGAUCCCCGGCGUCUCCCACGAAUACCUCGACGCCCUCGACCGCGUUCCCAAAAAGACGCUCAAAGAAGACGAGGCCUGCCCCAUUUGCGCCGAGAAGUUCCUCGACGACAAGUACCCGCUCGUCGUCGAGUUGCCCUGCCACAACAGUCACCGCUUCGAUCUCGAGUGCGUGAGCCCUUGGUUGAGGAGCAAGGGCAGCUGUCCGAUGUGUCGCAAGGAUUUGACCAAGAAGAAGGAGCCUGUUGUUGUGGUGGAUGAUGAUGAGGAGAAUGAUGAUCCUGACGGGCUGUAUGCGUAAGGCUUUCAAGGUGGGAAGGGUUGUUUGUGAGGAGAGAGAGAGAGAGGUCGAGAGAGUAUUGGAAUGGGAGAUUUCAAGCAUGGGAAUUGGAAGACAGUAGGCGCGCGGAGGGUAGGAAGGAAGACAGGGGAUAUCUGGAAUUUUGGUCGGGAGUGAGUGGUUUGGCGUUGAGGCUGCAUUUGAUAUCCCAUUGCAUAUUACUACGACCGAGAUAAAAUAAAAAAACAGAAAGAAGUAACGAGACAAAAAUAUACGAUUGGGACAGGACGACUGAUCGAGGAGUCGAACUUGGACGAAUCGAAAUACACAGGAGACUUCACUGCCUAACCGGGGCCUCUGCAGUCCGAUUAAACCCUC